AUAUGUCUGAUCUGUAUAAAUUCUUCAUUUACAAGGAUAUGGUUUUCAAAUUCAAAAUAACACAUAAAGCCAUCAUAGUACCAAACGAGGAGUGGCAGGACAUCUUUGGAGCCAUAGUGUACAUGGAAACUGAAAACCAGCGUCUUCAGAGGCUCACCACUGGGGCAUUCGCAGUAAAAAUCAAUGUUGCACCAUGGGACAUAAGCAAAUACGUCUAUAUCAGAAGGGGCAGAAAGAAAUUAAUUUUUUUCCCUGUCCAGUUUAAGCUCGAUAUAAGUCACAUGGAUAAACAGGCAAACUGCAGCUGUCCAAAAGAGAGCAAUAUGCGCAAUGUAGCACGACACCUGGGCUACGCGACACCACCAACAGGCAAAGCAAGCCACGUCGCCACACUAUCGUUUGCAACGCCCGCAGCCUCCAGCAGUGCAGCCGGAAAACGCAAACUACACCAAACAAACCAAAGCAACAGUUUGGCGCUGGUUCCCAAGGAAAAGAGCAAGAGAGGAAAGUACUGCGACAUUCCACCAGAAGUACGGGAAUCUGUCAAAACCAUCAAGCAGAAAACAAAUAGGGAGGUGGUCAUCGAGAAGCUGUUUCUGCCCGAGGCUAUGUAUCAGAACUUGGUUGGCAUGUCUAAUUACCGUCACCUUUCACCGAAUGUGAACUGCACGAUCAUCGUGACCGACCCGGAACUCACAGCAUCACCCCGUCGUGCCCCUAUGGAUACCAACAUGAUUACCAUGGGCGAGAGCAGCAAUUCUAAUGUUGGGCUGCUUAACAGAAUUUCCAGGUACUAA